GUAUGCCAUUUUUGGUUUGUAGGAAAUUGUGCGGGGUAGACUCACUAGACCCUCUGAAGCUUUAUCUGUACGGCGAACGAUUGUUUGUUGUGCACUGUGUUUUAGAGUUUUCUCACAUUACGUGUGCUGCGAAAAUUGUAACAUGGAUGACAGUUUUACUAAGCUUUUAGCGGCAUCAUUACCGGUUGACGGUGUGCUUUGACCUCGUGAACUUUCGCGCACAGGCAAAGUUUCGAAUGCGGCCGAAAUGUUGGAAGACGUCGUGUUAGGUUCGGAGGGUAUGCUUACCCACAUAGCAGGGACGCCGUGCCGGCGAAAGCAUCAUUCAUGGGCGAUGCGAUGCUGGGGGCAGCCCAACACUUCUGGCCAUGUGUAGAAUGGAAUGGCCGCGGCUGCGCACAGACCAGUCCUCAGGUCAAGCAAAUCCUGAUGUGAGCUGUGAGGCCUGCAGUAGCUCUGGGGGAUGCCCAGGGAUGUACCGUGGUGUGCAGAAAAACCUGAUGCGAGCUCCUACGUGUGUUCUGCGCAGUGGAGGAUCUGCAUUAGCGAGCAAGCAACCAUUGCGGUCAGUGCUACUGGCCUGUCGCCGCCCAGGUUGCCACGAAGAUGACAGUCUCAGUGCUGCCGGUACGGUGGAGGUACGGCACCUCCCCCCAGGUGUGUUGGUACAGCUUGUGCCUCAGGAUGAGAACCACUUCCACCUGGAGACAGCGGACACCCAAAGCGUGCUUUCCCUCUACGUCCAGAAGGACUUCAGGUACUUCCUGCAGCACCCGUAUGCACGGCUGUUUGUGUCGUACUUUGUGGUGUUCUGCAACUUCCUGGUGUUUGCGGAGGACCCCAUCUCGCACAGCCGAACCGAGAGCGAGAUUCCCGUGUUCGGCAAUGUCUUCUCAUUUGUCUGCACCAAGUACCCGCCCGAGUGGGGAUGGCGGUGCGCCAAGGUGCUCCUCUGGCUCCUAGCCCUGUUCUGCGGCCUCGUCUGUGGCAAAUACUUCAUCCACCAUUUUCUGCUUCGCAACCUAUUUCGGCUGAAGAUGUUCCGCGAGGAGCAAGGCACCUGGAUGAUAAUGCUGCUGACAAUGCUGGUGUUUGUGUACAUGCUUUCACUGGUGUACAAUGCACUGCUGCUCAGCGGCCACCCACGCCCCGACGAGUUUCGUAUCAAUGCGCUCAUGGGUGUCACCAAUGCCAGCUUCAUGAAGGUCGCCGCCUGUGGAACCUGGCUUGGUGACUUCCUCACUGCAUGGAUGGUGACGGACAUGAUGCUACAGGAUGAGCUGUACCCCGGUUGGGCACCUUCCCUACGUGCCUUCUGGCAGAGCCACGGUCGCACUCGCAUCACCGUUUUCUGGGCUGUGUCACUGCUGCUGUCAGCGGUCGUGAUCAGCCUCAUUGUCAGCGAUCGCAUUUCCUGGGACUACCUGAACCGCGAGUUCGUGGCCACCACUGAGCUGUCCCGCGCCUUCCUUGCCUCCUUCAUCCUCGUCAUGGACCUGCUCAUCGUCAUGCAGGACUGGGACUUCCCGCACUUUGUGUGUGACAUGAACAUCAAACUGCCCGGGCUGCAUGCAGCCUCCUUCAAGUACCACAUGUUCCAGAAGUUUGUCCACUUGCCCGAGAUAGUCUUCCACAUUAGCGGCAAGUGGUUCAAUUAUGGCAUCAUUGUGGCGGUGAUGCUGCUGGACCUGAACAUGUGGAAAAACCAGAUCUUCUACCAGCCGGAGGACUACGGUCAGUACACUGGUCCCGACAGCAAGGUGCACACUGUGGUCAACUACGCCACACUAGCCACAGGCAACCGGAGCCUGUGGACACUGGAGUAUCGAGUGAGCCAGCUGAACCCAGCCACCAACCAGAGCUUGGCUGAGGAGGACAUCCUCAUGAACUCGCGCUACCUGGGAUACCCACUAUCAGUCAAGGGGCUGGCCUUUAUGCCUUCCUUAAUGGGAUUUGCCAUGUUUGGGGCGCUGACCUACCUGUACGGCCGCUUCCCACCAAAAACGGAUGCAACGGCAGGCGGUCGGCUGCGGCCGUCGUUCCGGUCUAGCUGGAAACAAGGUUCGCGCCCUCCAGCUGCCACAACCAACGUUGGAGGACAGCCGGCCCGCCUCGUCGUCUGCUGGGAUGUACGCUGCGGGCAGGCUGUCUCGUCAUCUGCAGCUGGCAGUUCCAAGGCACCCUGCUGACUGCCGGCUGCUCUGAACAGAGGGCACAUUUUUCCUUGCUUGUGCACCAAGUGCAGAUUAAAGCAAAAGUGAUGCCACUGUUACCUGGUGGUAUCGGAACGCUUUUGUUUGCAGACACGCAGGAGGUUUCGCAGUUUGCUGACAACUGCUAGGUUCGCUAUCGAGUACGUUGAUACAUCUAAAGGGCCUGCCACCAGUGACAGGACAUUGAAACGAUGGAUCAUAUUUUAAUAAUGCAUGAUUCAAUUCAAUGUUUCAAGUGGACAAUGCAAUCAUUGUGAUUUAAAAGUCGUGACGGGUACUGUAAUAGGCAAAUGCUACAAAUCAGCAAAAUGAGGCUGGAGGAUUGGUAGAAAAGUGUGCUAGAACAGACCCGCUCUCAAGGCAUAGGUCACAUAAAGUACCCUUUAUGGUAAGGUGGAGCGUGCGACAACCCCAUGGCAAAAGGGCAGCCUUGAAAUAUCUACCUGUUCAAUGUACCUGUUUAUGUGGCAGCUGUGGCACUGAAAUGAAGCUCAGCAUUUGCCACAGGGUCCUGAUGUCACCAUGGCAUCAGCCAGUCAUGGUUGCUUCAUUAGCCAGAUUGUGACAGCCUUGUCGAAGAUCAGCUGCCCAAUAUUGGCAAAUGACUGAACCAAAAUAAUUGACUAGCUUUUCUAUUGGUUGCUUGUAUACAAUUAGCUGUGUGAAUUGGAAGAGAGACAACUGGAAUCGCUGUAUUCACUUCCCCUAAAUUGUAUUCACAGCCAUUUGGCCAGUAUGGUUGUAGACAACAGUUCUGACUACAAGUGAGCGGAGCUGACGGGCAGAGCCAGAAAUUAACCAUUAUUUGUACUGUCAAAGUUUGAAAUCGAGGUUUUGAUGAAAGCACGUCUGGUCGGGGAUGAUCAUGGCACAGGUGCAUAAAAAACACCCACUGACCACAAAACUAGAAGUUUAAAAGAACAAAAGACAUUUCAGCUCCCGUACGGGAGCCUUAGUCACAAUGGCAUCAGGAAGCGAAAUGUUUUUUGUUCUCUAACUUUUAUUUUUGUGGUCAGUGUCUGUUUCUUUUAUGCAACUGUGCCAUAAUGUCAAAGCUGAUUGUCAUCACAAGAGUGCAAAGUCACUUGUGGGAACAGCGAAAAAUACAGGCCACUGUUCUAAAAAAAAUUGAGAGCACAUUUUGUUGCCACACCCUGCUGUGUCUCACGCACAGCUACAGUGCACCAAGGGAUCUACCGCAGACAUUUCGUGUUAUAUAACUGUUCAUAGUGCAAGCUUUUCUCUUGUUCAAGUUUUCUAUGGUGCAGUAAAGCUUGUUGCUUCUAACAUGAAGGUGAGAGGCGCCACAACGGUUCCUCUCUGCGGCAAGGCACCUUGAAUGUGAGUGACGUCACGUGAUAUUGUGACAGGUGGUGCAGAGGAGGUUACAGAUUUCAAACCUAAUUAAUGAAACUUAACAUAUUCAUUUUUUAGAGAUGUGUCACGCAGACACACGUCACACCACACAGGAAGGGUGAAUAUGCUGGCUUGUAAAACAGCACAUGCAGGACAAUGUGAUAUCAGUGAAGUGACAAGGUGUUUGAAAUGGUGACGACAAGAAAAUGGUGUCAAGCUAUAUCAACAAACCAGUAUUAUGUGAGCAGGAAAAAUGCUACAGAAGUUCUGAGAAUUGUCUACUAAUGCGUAACAUUCUUUGGCUGGUCUGUUACUUUGCUUUUGCUUACUUAUGUUGCUAGCAUCUACCCAUUACUUUUUCCUGAGCCAAAGAAUGCUUACGCUUUAGUAGACAAAUCUCAGAAUUCCUGUAGCAGUUUUUUAUCGAGCGUUGCCCUAUAAUGUCAUUUCUGAUGCGCUUCUGAACACCUCGUUUCCUCUUCUUGCUGUUGAUAUCUCCUAGUUCCUGUCGCUGUUCUCAUUGUUCCUUCUGCUGACUACAAUAUUCCUACGGUGUUCAGCAUUCCUACGGUGUUUCUCUGUUUCACCAAACUUACGUUUCUUUGGUGCCAUUACAAGAACUCCCCCUUAAAGGCGAUCGUAUAAACUGAGCGUAACUGCUGCAAUAACCACGUUUUUUGCCAUACCAUAUCUACCAAUCAAUUAUUAUUAUUUUAUACUUUUUUAUUGCAUCAAAUGAAUGUGUCGAGGUGACGGCAAUGAGACCAGUUUCUUCUUUUGUUUAUCAAUUCUAAAGCUACCAAUCAUCUACAGUUACACUGUUAUAACAAUUAAAUGUCUAAAGUUGAUCAAUUCCACACUUAUUUCUCUGGGCCAUUAAAAACAAACCUGGCUGCUGGAUGCUGGUCACAGUUUAUUUGUGCUGUCAAUGCAUACAACUUGCUUAAUUUUUGUUUUGUGCCAUAAUGAUAUGUGAGCGACUCUGACUACCGGCUUCAUUGGUGCAGUACCAGACAGCACAAUGCAUACACCAAGACCGACAGAUGCGCAUGGCAUGCUGUGAAGUAUUUAUCUUUGAAUAGGGAGUGUGAAUACAGUAGAACCCCGCUGUUACGUUCCCGGGUGCUGCGUUUUCCCAGCUGUUAGGUCGUUUUUGGCAGGUCCCGGCACAGCUCCCAUAGAACCUAGUGCAUUGGUAACCCUGCUGUUGUGUCGCAACUGUGGGACCGUUCCAGCAUCAUACGUUGCGAACUGCGACCCCGCGCCAGCCCGAGCGGCCAUUUUGACUUUUCAUGUCGCUUGGCUUGGUGGCUUGACGAUGGCAUUGGCUGCCCAAAGUGCCCGGGGCAACACCUAUGGUGUAUUUUCGGUUUCCGCUAGCAAAAGCAUGGCCUUGGAGAUCCGUAUUUUCUAUCUAAAGAUGGUGUCUAUGACGCGUUGUGGCCCUAAAAUUGGUUUUCGUGCAUAGAUGCUAUGUGUGAAGUCGAAGGGCGAUAACGCCGUCGCCAUGCACCAUGUGCUGUAUGUGCAAGUGAAAACGUGCGAGGGGAGCCAAUGUCCACGUCUACAUCUCGCGCGAGCAAGAAAGAAAAGCAGGGAGGAAGCGCGCUUUCAUCCGUUGCACUCGAGGCACCAGCGUGGGAGUGAGGGGGAGGGAUAGCGGGCGGCGUUGUGCUCUGGCAUCAACUGCGUACUGUGUGGCGGUGCGCAGUCGUGUGGGCCGUAUCUUGAAAGCGAUCUGCGUGGGGGCACGGUCUACGCAGUGUAGGUGCGUCGGCGGCUCAUAGCUUUGUGCGUGCUGUGUGUUCUCGGCGUACAGUUUGCGUUGAAGCGAUAGACAACAGCACGAAGGUCACUUCGCUCGCUGCUGCCGCAGCGCUUCCUCACGCGCCUUUGACUGCGUGUGUCCACGCUCAUUGAGUGUGAUGUGAUGCUUGUUAAUAUAGUUAAUAAGCGAAUGUUUACAAAUUUAUACGGACAAUAAAAUUACUACCCUUACUUUAUAUGGCUCUCGGCGAAUUUGCUAUCACAAUCGAUGCUUCAGCUUUCGCGUGAAAAAACGACAUUUUUCACACGUAAGAAUUAAAAUAAUAUUGUAUGCAGUUCAACACUACUGUCCUUUCUCAAUUUUUUCCUGUUUCUCAGCUCUUGCGUUUCCCGGCUCUUAAGUUGUUUUUUUUUUUACGGUCCCAUGAAAAACGUAUCAGCGGGUUCUACUGUAAUGUGCGUGUAGCUAUUACAGAUGCCUAACAGGCUGCAGUGAACUUCAGCUCUUGCACAGUAUUCAUUGAGUGAGUCUUUUUAUGAACAGUGCACAAGCACACUAGUUAAAGGUGGUGGUGUCCCCGAUAGUGCUAAAAGCCACGCAUUCUCGUGUUUGCGCUUACAGCGAUCGCUAGUGUUGCUGGUGCUUGCACACGAGAUGGGCAAUGAAAUGAAGACUGGUUGCCGUGCCUAAAUUUGCUACCACACUUGCGCAGACCCGUGGUUUCUAGGGCAUGAUUCGCCAUGAGCAUUUGCUGUUCCACUGAGGGUGAGUACAGAGUACAGAGGAGAAAUGUAUGUUGGUUAGCAUUCUGUAUUCAGUAUUCGGUAUGUGGAUUGAUCCAACCAAGUGGAUUGGGUCUGUUUGUAAGAUCUUGUAGAAACAAUCAGGCUCUGUGAGCAGAACAUGUAGACAGGGGGUGGUACUAGCCCAACUAACCUGGCGAGGUGCAUUCAGAUGAGUCAAGCCGACGAUUCGCAACCAAGAUCUGCCACUGUGUCCUCCUUUCUCGGCCAAUGAGAAAUGACCUCACCUAAAUGCUGUCAGAGGUGCUACUCUGGACACUGUCACAUUCAGCCUUAUCAAAUCAAUUUAUUAUUUUUUGAAAAAAUUGUUUCGAGAGGAGGGGGUAACAAUAGGCAUUACUUUUUUUGGCUCACAUGGCCCCCACUCCCUUUAUAUAGUAUCAGCAACAUGUGGCAAAAAACUUAUGCAGCUUCACAGUUUUUACAACCAAUCUACGUAAUUGUAUGCAGCACAUGAAAGCAUAACAAUUAUAAUGCUACAGCCCAAGAUUUCAAACAUGUAACACAUAGAUUUAAAUGCAUACAUAAUCAACUUACAUGCAUUCGUAAUACACAACUACGAACAUACGUGCAUGAUACAUAUUAUACGUACAUAUUGUCAAAUUCACCACCUUGUCAGCAUUAUUACACUCCGGUGGCUGCUACAGGCCAUCUGAUUGAUUCAAAAUGCCAACAUGGUGGAAUCUUUUGCCUUGAUCUGCCCAAAUUUGGUUCUCUCCAGGGCUAUAAUUAGAGCACAUUGCUCAUGUGCCAAACCUUCAGAAGCACCACACCAUUUUGUUCUUAAGCAUCGAUUCAUACCAUACACCCAGCUUUCGGGAAUCUUUAAUUUUAUCUGGAUUGGUAAAUUACACUUCUUAAAUACCAGAAAUGUCAGUCUAACAGAAAAUGGAUUCGUCAGCCAUGAAAGAUGCAAGAACAAAGAUGAGCUUCAAAUUUCCACGCCUCUCUGGACAUUGCGAGAUUUGGACAGCAUCCACCGGAGUUCAUAGUUAAUAUUCUAUUGAUAAGCAUAGGGUUGCAUUGCAUUCUAAAUGAGCAAAAGACUCUAGUUAGUGAGCUUUUUAAAGUUUUUGCCCAGAAAAACAUCUCGCACAUGAAAAAUGUGUUAUGUCAUACAUGUACCCAGUGCAGCGGUGCGGCAUUAAGUUUCAGAAAUGAAUCUUUGCACUUUCUUUUCUCCGCAAGUAAACAACCUUCUUUUGCCAAAUCGAGUAUUGAAAUCAUGAUUCGUGAGUCUAACAAUACUAUAACAGUGUUGCUUUUAGUGUCCCUUAAAGAAAUGCUUCCCUGUUGAAAGAAGCCUAUGAAGACACCCCCCUUAACAAAGAUAAGCAGGUUUAUUUAUUUAUUUUCAAACGAAGGGUAGAAGCAGGUUGAAAAUGUCCUCUGAAAUGGAGUCCCUGCUGCAACACUAUCGAGAUUACGGGGAUAUGUGAGAAAGCUGUGGCACUGCUCUUCUUGGUGCAAGCAUGAAGGGUUCGGCCAUUGUUUGAUUACAUUCCUCACAGCCAGCUUUACGUCUUUGUGGAAGCUGGAUCAGAUACCCCAAAAAAGAUGUAUCUAAUCCUGAUGGGUGUGUGACCUUGUUUAUUAGAGGUUUCGUUGCGUCGAUUCAAGGACACAGGGCUACAAUCUGGCCCUCUGUGUUAAGAACUGGCCAUCAUCGACUGCACUGUCCACGAAACAUCGCAAUGUAUGCAAACUACAUGUAUAAAGUUCUCGUAGUGGCUUUCAAAAAGCGGGUUAUACAUUUUAGGCUGUCCAGCUUUUUUCAUAGGCUGGCACCUGGGCCUUGCUUAAAACUUGCUUUUUAAGGGAAAACUUCAAUUCCCAGCGAGAGUCAUCUUAAAAUUUGUUAUUGCUGCUUGUCGUCGCUGCUUGCGAUGCUUUUGCAACAGCAAGUGAAUGACAAAACGAAUGGCAAGUGUAACUAUAGCCCAUUUGAGGGUGGCAUUGUUGCCUAGGUGACGCCAGCACCAAGUCACUGCCUUUUGUACGCGGAAAAAAAUGUAACGUCGGUCGAACAGGGUUUUUCUCGGCAGCUGCCGCUUAACUGAUGCUAGAUAACAUGUCACGGCCGCGUUUGUCAGCCUUGUUUCGAAGAGUACAUUGCAGGUUAUUUAUUCAUAUUUGAGAUUGAUAUAGUACGGGAUUUCGGUGAUGAUGAUUUCUAAUGCCAUCUCCUUUGCAAUGAGAUAGCUAGAACUAGUACUCCCUUCUCAGUACGAGUGAGCAGCGCAUGCCAGGUUAGGUAUUUUUCUUUUUUUUUCCAUUGGCCUCAAAUUUUCAGCUGUAGCUUCCAGGAGAACUGCAAAGUAAGCUUGUCAGUGAGUUGGUCAAAUAAAAAAUUCAAGACAAGUACGUACAGACAAGACAGACUGUACAGACUUGUCUGUGCUUUUUUUCUUGCAGAUUGUUUCUGCUCCGGCGCUCUAAGUUUGUACCCAAUGCUGCACUUGGGACUGGUUCACUAGGUUCAUAAAAAGGUUAAGUACAAGCAAAAUUGUUAUCAUUUCUUCACAUAUGCAUGUGAAAAACAAUUAUGAAUUGGAGUUUGUUUAUUAGGCUCUUUGCUGUGCCUAUAACCGCCAGUGUGAAUGAACCUAGCACUGUUCCACGGAGGAACACCGGAGCCAUGCACACAUAUGAUCGCUUAACCGCAACUGCGCCAAAGUGAGGUCCUCCUUCUGCUGUAUCUCUGAGUAACGUAAAUCACUGCACGUCCUGAGAUUGGUCUUCUUCUGCCCCCACCCGAGAUGCCAACCGGCACCUCAUUGACGCGUGUGUCUUCACUGCCUGUGCCGAGUUGAUUUUCCAAAAAAUACAAUCGGUGCAAAUAGAGCCUUGGAGGGGAAACGUUCCGUGUAUCCCAAGUUCGGGUCGAGGAUGUUGCAUGAUCAGUCUUAUGUGGCACUUUCUGCACAAAUCUUGGAUAGGGAGGUGAAUGUUCAAUCGUUAUUCCGUCACUGUAAGCCUGCUGCUGCAUUAAAGCGUGUUGCCUUCGCCACUGAGGCUAUGCACCUUGUGAUCCGUUCACCUGGAGUGGUCUGUUCGAUGCAUGAAUAUGGUGAAUGGAGAGCACAAGUCAGGCUCCACUCAUUUAGUCAGAAAUGGGCUGAAGAAAAUAAGUUUUAUCUGUGGAAUCACCACCUUGCCGUCGUUGCACUUGGUGUCACACUUUGUGCAAAAACUAUUUGUGGCAUGUGGAAAACAACAGGAGUAAUUCGACCUGCGCUUUGAACAUGGUUGCCUCAUUUGUGCGAAUGACGCCUGCAUUGAUCUGAGAAGACUCCUAUAUGUGGCUAAUGCAUGCAUGUUUGUGUUUGGCUUUACUCAACAGAUAGCAACCACUCUGUUAUGAUUAAAUAAAAUACUUCCAUAGUCCACGGGGUAUGAAAGGCCACAUAACACCUGUUUCUUGUUUGAUGAACAGGAAAAUUACAGCUUUAUACAUGCUUACAUCUAACUUUUGAGACAUCCAAAUAAACACUCUUAAAAAAGUUUGCACCCUUUGGGUGUAAACUUUUCUUGUCACACAACAAUAAUCUUGUCACACAACAAUAAUCGUCAUUUGCGUCGCUUGCGUUUCCUUUAUUGAAAGCUCUGCGCUCACUACUUUCUUGUCGAGAAUGAGAUGUCACGCUGAUUACGCACAAUCCAUUCAUGACCUGGAAGUACCAGGUGCGCCACAAGGAAAGGCGUGCAAGAAAGAUGAGGAUUAUUGCUGUGGGACAGUAUAAGCCCAAAAGGGUGCAAACUUUUUUAAGAGUUAAUGCUGUGAGAAAUGCUAUCAUAGAGUGAACAAAACAUAUGAGUGGAAAGACGCCUUGUGUUUUAUUCAUUGCAACUGCGAUUUCACACUGGGCCCAUUAGAGUUCAUUGUGACACUGGGUCUUGUUCCUAUUGAAUCUUCAUGUUUACAGAGCUCUGGAGAAUGCCAUCUGCCAUAGCUUUCAAGUAUGCUACAGAAGUCUUAGCAUGACUUUUGGCUUCAUGUGCAGUCACCUGCAGAAGACUGUCGUAAAAGCACAGCACAUCUCUGUUACAGUGUAUGCAAGAGGUUCGUUUCCUCAAUUCUCUGCGCACAAAACUCUUAAUGCCUCCUGCUGUUGUUCACUGCAAUGUUCAAGCAACGCGGCAUGAGCUUGCGAUGUAUUUUGCACUUUGCACAUGAAGUUGGAGUUGCUGUCGCUGACUCUCUAUAUUCCUUGCUGAAAGAGAACACCAUUUUAUAGCAGUCGUGCUGCCUGAUUUUAUUCUCGUGUACAGACUUCUGAGCUGCUUUCAUUUGCCCUGUUGCCGAAAGUUACAUGAAGGAGACAGCUGCACUGCAUAAUAGGUAAAUUAGAAAUGUUUGUAAGCUUAGUCAGUGUUGUUUACAAAGGCAUGGAAGUCUAGCUAAGGAGUUUUGACAUGCACCGUCGAUGCCCCAAAGUGGUCACACUUGUUUAAUUGCCAGGUUUGCGUGUGUGUGUGCGUGCGUGUGUGUGUGUGCGUGUGCGCACGCCUGUGCAGCGCCCACGACUUUACUGCUGAAUCUUGCCCUCCGUGAAAGAAACCUGCCACAAGCUUGUUCUAGUGGUGUCCUGGCAAAGUGCUUGGUUUCAGCCACAAGCUGAUGUGGCUGAACGGAAUGCUGUGAUGAAAUUGACAUACCGCAUGUCAUACGCAAGGGGGGAUAGGAAUAAAGAUGCUUUUCUGCUGUUGUGAA